AUGGGUGGAUUAGAUGUAAGAAAAGUGCUAAAAGGAGGUGAAGCAUGGCGUCUACUUUCUUGCAACUGGUUACAUGGAGGAGUUGUUCAUUUACUAAUACUAGUGAACAUGUUGACUCCUUUAUUCAUUGUACGAAUUGGAUUGCUUUAUUUGAUAUCGGGCUUUGGAGGAAGUAUAUUAUCAGCUCUUUUCCUCGGCUCAAACAUCUCUGUUGGAGCAUCUGGUGCAGUGUUUGGUUUACUUGGAGGAAUGUUCUCUGAGAUCUUUAUCAACUGGACAAUCUAUUCUAACAAGGUUGUGACGACACUUUUAUUGAUUGUGGCGGUAAACUUGGGACUCGGUUGCUCCCUGGAGUUGAUAUCUUUGCUCAUAUUGGAGGUUUUGCUACUGGUUUUCUACUCGGAUGGAUCAACCAAAGAAACGCUCCUGGACCUAAACCGCACAAGUACAAGAUGUAUCAUGCCGUACUGUGGAACAUAG